AUGUCUGCUGUCACCCUCAUGAUGUCACAAUUUGACCUCACCGCCCCCCCAGUGACUUCACUAUUUGACCUCCCCGUGACCCCGGCAAUGUUACCGUGUGUCCUCCCCGUGACCCCGGUGACGUCACUGUUUGACCUCCCUGUGACCCUGGUGAUGUCACUAUUUGACCUCACCAUGACCCCAGUGAUGUCACAACCUGAGCUCACCGUGGCCCCGAGAGACAGACAAUCCUCUAUCUUCUCUCUCUCAGGUCUGCUGGAGCUGCGCUCUCUGAGUUCGGAGGUCACAGUGAUCCAGGGAGUGCACACCUCUCUCUACCUGUGCAUGGACGAGCUGGGGCACCUGAGAGGGCAGAGGACUUUCUCGGAGGCGGACUGCACCUUCACAGAGCUGGUGCUGCCGGACGGGUAUUCCCUCUUUCUGUCGGUGCGUCACGGCCGGGCUGUGUCCCUCCAGCCGGCGCGACGCGCACAGCUGCCCCCCGGGAAACGCCUGCCCCCUCUCUCUCAGUUCCUCCCCGUGAUCAGCCGCCUGCCUCCGGGGGAGGAAAUUCUGGGUUACGAAGACCUGAGCUUUCCGGAGCUGAAACUGCACCGGAAUCCUCUGGACCUGGAUUCGGGAGAUCCGUUCGGAUCGGGACUCGAGCUGGCCAACGCCCUGCUCAGCCCGGCUUUCUUCAGCAGGAAGUAAGGGAGGGGCGAGGCAAGGGAGGAGCGGAGAUGAGCAGACACAUCGGCUCAAAGCAGCGCCAAAACACCAAGCGGCGUCUCACAAUUCCCACAGCCCAGGGAGAAGAACACCACGAGGAGAUUCCUCGGGCCAGUCCCACUACCGGACAGCGAUCACACGCACCACUGGGGCCCAGACCUGUCACACGUCGCUGGUCCGAGGGCUCACCGGCUCUCUCAGCCUACUGGGACCAACACCUCCCACUUCCUGAGGGAGCCCGGAGAGAUCCCCUCUUCCACCGCAGGCGCGGGUGCCCAGACAGGCACUCCGAAACGCCCUGCUUGUCUGGAAUCCGCAAGGGCACAGACUCUCCGGGAAAUUCGCAGUGUCAGCUCUGUCACACUGAUCUCGCGUGGACAGGAAUAUGAGGGUUGAUCCUCUUAGAUAGAGGCGAUAGAGGGGAAGGCCUGUACCUGAGGGGGUUCAACUGUCUAUUUAUUCGUGUUUAAGUCUAUUUAAGGCAUUAUUUAUUUCAAGUUAUUUAUUGGUGUGUUUUGUGUUAUCGUCAGGUCCCGGAGCUCUGCUUUACUGCCCGGGGGUUCUGAUAUUUGUAGCUCUGUAUUGUGCUCACGCUAUUGCAAUAUUCAGUUGUGCUUUUAACGGUCUGUACUCUGAAUUCUGUUCUCAGGUAGAACAGGGCACAAAGUGCUCACACCUCGCAGGGCAGUCUCCUGGGGCUCGCUGGUGUCCACUGGUGUCCUCUUUGUCUGAGCGUGUUUCCCGCUGCCCUGGGGUCUCUCUGUAAGCGCGCUGGAGGCGGGGCUGUUUCCACAGGGGUGCGCUGGGGUUGGGCGAGAGAUUCGA